AUGCAGUACCGAUUCGUAUCCGUUCUUGCUGCUGGUGUGUUGGUUGCUGUUAGCAGCGCCGCACCUGUGCCUUCAGCUGAGGUAAUUGACUUCGUCAUUAUCACAGAUGUACAAGCUGACGAAGAACAGGCACAAACCCUCAGCCCCACCAACCCAGACGACAUCCAACUCGGCAAGCCCUCCAGCGAGAUCAUCUGGAGCAAGCGCGACGACGAGCCGACCAACCCAGAUGACGUGCAGCUCGGUCCCCCAACCAGCGAGAUCAUCUGGAGCAAAGACAAGAAACGCGCCGUCACUUGGAGUGAACCCAAAGACAAGAAACGCGAUGUCACUUGGAGUGAACCCAAAGACACCUUCACCAUCAGCAAGCCCAAGACUGUCGUAACAUGGAGCACAGCGAAGCGCGACACAGUCACGCAACCCGACACCAUCGAACUGGGAAAGCCUAGCUCCGAGGUCAGCUGGGGUAAGAGGGAUGGGACUGACCCUGCUGAUACCAUCGAGCUUGGUAAGCCAAGCACGGUCAUCACGUGGGGCAAGGAGAAGCGCCAGACGCUUGGUAACCCGGACUCGGAGACGACGUGGGGAAAGCGCGAGGCGGAGAAGCCGAAGGAUAGCUUCAAGCUUGGUAAGGCUACUACGGUCGUUACUUGGUCUUGA